AUGAACAGCUUAAGCUUGAAGUUCUUGAUUUUGAUUUUAUUUAUCAAAAAUAUCACAAGUGAUGAUCUGUCAUUUGGAUCAGAGUGUAGAUAUAACGAUGGAUUGUAUGGUACCUGCACAAAUAUUAGAAGCUGUCCAAUAAUAUUCAGUCAAAUUCAACGAAAAGUUCUCGAUCGGAAUGACAUUAUUUUUUGCAAUAGUCAGUUGCGAUUGAUUUGUUGUCCGGAAAUAGAAGAUAAUAGAAUGGAAAUGACUACAUUAAGGACGACUAGUAGGAGAAGAGGACAGAUUCCUCCGGCUACAGCAGCAACUCACAAUAAGAAACCGAUUGAAACUACACGACAUGUUCAAGUGACUCGAAUUAGUGAGCAAAAAUGCAAAGAAUAUGGAAAAGCAACUGAAAAUGUCAUUUAUGUUUUGGGACAUCUUGAAGAGAAAAGUCCAAGAACCGUAAUUACAAGCAAGUGUUUACAUCUAUCUGUGCCUUUAGUAGUAGGUGGAGAAGUCGCUAAUAUUUACGAGUUUCCACAUCAAGCACUUUUGGGAUACAAUAAAGGAAAUCCACAAGAAUGGCUUUGUGGUGGAUCACUUGUUUCUCAUCUGUUUGUGUUGACUGCCGCUCAUUGCAAAUUCAGUGAAGAACACGGCAUUGUAAAGUUUGUCAAACUUGGCGUACACAACAGGAAAUUUAACAAUAACAAAACAGUAACUUUUGGAAUCGAUGAAAUAAUUCUCCAUCCAAAAUACGACAGUUUUAGACAACUCAAUGACAUAGCACUCAUCAAAUUGGACAGAGAAGUCAAAUUCAGUGAACAUAUCUAUCCAAUUUGUCUCCCAACAACAAAACCAGACGCUGAGAGAGCAAUUGUUACAGGAUUUGGAAGAACUGGCGAUAAGGAACUUUCAGAUCAUUUAAUGAAAGCAACAGUUGAAGAGUUUGAAAGUUCUGAUUGUGAAUAUGUGUUUGAAAAUUAUAAUGGAACUGCUAUGCUGUGUUAUGGACAUCAUACAAAGAAUCAAGAUUCAUGUGAGGUGAUUCUAGGUGGUCCUUUGCAAAUUUCAAACGAUGACAAUGUGAAGUGCACCUACACUCAAGUAGGAAUUGUAAGUUUUGGAUCAAGUGAUUGUGGAAGUCAAAACGUUCCAGCUGUUUAUGUUAAUGUCAUUAAUUACCUUGAUUGGAUUGAAGAGAUUGUUUGGAAAAACGAGUGA